AUGAGAUGUCUCUGUGCGAUAGACAGCAUUGGCAACGACGUCAUCUUCCUCAACUGUGACAGUGAAUUCAACACCUACCUCCAAAAAGAAGCAGUGAAACUUUUUGGUGAUGACUAUGUCGCAGCGGACACAACCACACCUGAUAUAAACGUAGCAACAAUCUUCUUCCUCCCCUUCACCACCAUCCAGAACAAACAACACCAGCAGAACAACCCACUCAACUCUGUUCUCUGUCAGGAUGGUUUAAAAGUGGCUCUCCACCGCUUUGACAAUAUUGAUGUGGUGGCUGUAGACAGCGAUUCGAGUAGCAAGAACGCUUGUUUGUCACAGUGCGUGGUUUUUGAGAAGUUGGCAAAGCUACAUUUGGGACCGGCUACUCUGUAUUUGAAACCCAGUGAUCUGGCAUUGCGGAGGCAGCUGUGGACUAAGAUAUCUGAUUAUCUUGAUUAUUGGAACGAUGUGUGUGGUUUGUCUGAAAAAUACCUCUGUAGUGAUGAUGAAUAUUUUAGUAUGACGUGUGAAGAAAAUUUCAAGCAACACUUCCUAUUCCAAGCAGUUGAAGAGCUGCAUAUUAACACAGAACUGAAACGCCAAGCAACUGAACUGGUAACAGAAGCUCUGCAAUCAGCCCAGAAGAUAGACAGAGCUUACUGUGAGGCUAUCCUUGUAGUAAACGGUAAAGUUUUAGUCUCUCACUCAUACAGACAAGCUCAGCGACUGGACCCCUCAGAUUUACUCUUUAUACUGUUUAUAGCUCACUGCUCUCUACCCAAGUCUCCUGUAGAAAUAGAUUACGGUGAUAACCUGUCCGAAUCAGAGGAGAUGAAACAUCACCAACAAAACAUCUUUAUCAGAAAAGUAGAUCAGACUGACAAUUACCUGCCCUGUACUCUAACUGCGGUUUGUAUUCGCGCUGGUAUUGUGCUGAUCCUCCUAGCAGAAACUAAGACUGCCAUCGCGCCAAACAUUUGCCGUGCCAUUCAGUCGCUCUCUCAGUUGUACAGCAAAAUAGAUGAGAUUGCUACAGAAGCUGAGAGAGGCCAGCAUAACGCGCAGAUUAAUACCAAGACUCUGCCAACUAAUUUUCUCAAAGUGAAAGGUGUGGUUGAUUUUUAUUUUGCGCGCAUGGAGAAGGACAUGGAAAACAUCAGUACUCGUCUUAGCCACCAGUGGAAUAAAGUACGUGACCACUGGUAUGCGGUUUCCACUAGCGCGGGGCACUUGGGUGAGGAAAACCGGUAUUUUCACGAGUUUGAGAGGAAAACGUUCAGUUUAAUCACCGAUUUAAGGAAACUUUUUUACAGUAUCUACUGCACUGACGAGGACUCGGAGAUCCACAAAGAUAUCAAUGAUAUCUACAAGAAAGUGUCUCUCGGUCUCCGGGACUCCUCCUCAUUUCUCCUGGUGAAAGCUCAGAGAAACUUCACACUCGGCAACUACCUGUCCGUUCCAGGGAUAGUCCACUUCCUUGUGAUUGAUAGGACUAAGAACAAGAUAAUAGUCCCCUCACUUGGCGCUCAAGGGCAGAGUGCCCGCUUCUGUCACAAGAUCAUACAAACACUUGCCAGGUUCCAUCGCAACAUGGUUCACAGCGGCUACCUGGGUGGUUUCAUGAAGAAAAAAGACAUGUUGUUCACAUAUAAACUGUGGUUUCAGAACCAAGGGAAGGUGGUCUCACCGGAGACAACAGUUCAGUAUGUACCUACUCAGCCCCGGUCACAACUACUCUGCAUGUUGUAUCAUAACAUGGUUCAGCAUUACUUUGGUGCACGUGCCCCGCUUGUGGAAUGUUUUGAGCUACUGACUAUACAUAUUGGAGAGGUUCCCUUGGAGUAUGUUAAUGAUUCUGCUACUCGUCUUAUGCAGGUUGUGGUGUCUGAUUUCGCUUCGUAGAUUAUAAUACCUCAUCUAGAUCAUACUCCUACUCCACCAAAUACGAAUACAAUCAAAUAUUCUACGAUUGAAGAUUAAAGC